CUCACUCUCUCCCUCUCUAAGUGGCUAACUGGCUUGUGUAGUGAGGUCUGUCUGGUACACAAUAAGAAACCUAAUACCUACGACCGGAAUGAAAAGGGAGGAGUUUCCUUAAGAAGAAGGAGGGCGGGAGAGAGAGAAGCCAUUUUAUUGUGCUAAAAAAGAUUCACAGCACAAGAAAGGGAAUCCUAUGUUAGUCCAAGAGAGGGAGAGAUCAGAGAGCAAGAGGGGUUGGGUUGGGUUGGGUAAUAGUUAUACUUCCAUUUUAAGAAUUGGAAUAACCGAUCAGGAGGAUUUUUUAUUUUCGAAGUGAGAAAAAGGUAAGACAAAGCUAUGGGAAGAGGGAGAGUGGAGCUGAAGAGGAUCGAGAACAAGAUAAAUCGGCAAGUGACGUUCGCGAAGCGGAAGAACGGGCUGCUCAAGAAGGCGUACGAGCUCUCGGUGCUCUGCGAAGCCGAGGUCGGUCUCAUCAUCUUCUCCAGCCGCGGCAAGGUCCAUGAAUUCUGCAGCGGCUCAAGCAUGGCUGCGACCAUUGAGAAGUACCAAAGAUGCAGUUACGAUGUUCUGGAAAUGGGAGCAACCCAAGAUCCGAAAAAGAUUCAGAACUGUUACCGAGAAUACCUUGAAUUGAAGACGAGAGUUGAAUCUCUACAACGUUCACAAAGUAAUCUUCUAGGGGAAGACCUAGCGGAAUUAAACAUGGAGGAUCUGGACCAGCUGGAGGAUAAGCUGGACAAGUCACUAAGGCAAAUCAGGUCUUCCAAGAGUAACUUCAUGCUCGGUCAACUGGAUGAACUUCGCAAAGAGGAGGACAUGUUACUUGAGACCCACAAUGCCCUAAAAAGAAAGAUAGAGGAGAUUGAUGCUGAGCUUCAAUUGUCAUGGAACGCAAAUGCAGGAGACCGAAACAUGAUUUACAACAACCAAGCUGCUCAGUUGCAGUAUAACUUCGAACCCCUCAACUAUAAUGAUGCAUCGCAGAUGGGUUUCAAUCCCAUGUCUACUGAGCAGCAGAACAACUUGGCAAGCUCAGCUCAAACUGGUACUAAUCGGUUCAUCCCUGGCUGGAUGCUUUGACUUGAUUAUAAUUGCUUCUAGAUUCAUGACCAACCACAGUGUGUGUUCACAAAAUAUAAGUAUUGGCAUGCUUGUGGAGGAGAUUAAUAAGUCUGGUAUUGUAGAUGGCCUCUAAUUGCCAUUCAAACUAGGAGCAAUUUACAAAAUGAAUGGCUUACUGUAUAUGUAUGUUGUCCUUCUUGUAAUAUAAUUACCGAUCGAUGUCAUAGUCUCGCUGCACCAAGUGAGUUGUGGGUUGCCAAUAAGAGCUUCGGAGGACUUAGUUUUUUUGUGUUUUCUGCGUUUGGAAUUCCGGAUUGUCUGUAAAGUGAUGGCAUCGUGCAGAACGUGAUCAAACUGAUCAUGUUUAUCUGAUGACACAAUUGAUGUCCUGGAACAAGUAUAACUCAUCUAUUUUACCAUUUCUUAACCU